UGUCAGCUAUGCGGGGCGCUCUAGUGAUUGCGCGCCUCCAGGAUUAUGGGGUUCUGGGGACAUGUUCGGGGAGUCCAUGCUGAUUUUAGCGUUCAGAUCAGUGAAGUGAUUAUAUGUGCUUGAUCGUAUUGGAAUUGUUGGUGUUGGUGUUGGUGUUCCGAUAAUUAGUAAUAUUUGGUUCUUAUAUUAACUAAUAUCUGGCUUAGGCCGAAGAUGAACUUAUUUGACUCUUAUUGGGGCUAAAAUCGAGAUGGAUGUUUCCCCGCAAAUUCACACAAGUACCAAAGAUGGCUGCUCAAGCUCCGGUCGACGAGCCCAAGAAGCUUAGUAGUAGGUUUGAUCAUUCUUUUUCAUUUAUAUGCAACCAAAUCCGAUCGUGUACACAGUCAACGGCACCAAUGGCUUCAACGGAGUCAGUGGAAAGGCCGCUGCGAAUGGUGGCAAUGCAGAAGAACCCCCGGGAGGCGAAGAUUCCGACGAUGAUGGCGAUGAGGCCGCUGCGCCAGGCGCUGAGGAAGGAGCGACCAAGAAGAAGAACAAGAAUAAGAAGCGAAAGCCCAAGAAGAAAAGGAAGGGCCCUAGUGCCCAGACCGACCCUCCGAGUGUCUUGAUUUCCCAACUGUUCCCGAAGGGCGAAGAAGUCGAAUAUGUUAACGAGAACCGCUACCGUACCACCAUAGAGGAGAAGCGACAUUUCGACAACCUGAGCACUGAAUGGCUUAGCGACUACCGCCAAGCCGCUGAGACGCACCGUCAAGUUCGCCAAUGGGCCCAGAAGAACAUCAAGCCUGGCCAGACCUUGACCGAAAUUGCUAACGGUAUCGAAGAUAGCGUGCGCCGCUUGGUUGGACAUGAUGGUCUCACUGAGGGUGAUACAAUCAAAGCCGGUAUGGGUUUCCUGUUGAACGAUCUUCUACAUGCUUUUCGCGAGUCAGAGUUAUUUGUUGUAGACAAAACUGAUGUGGAAGCUCCAAGAGAGCCAUGCCAUGCGCCGUCAGUCCUUUGUAGCUUUACAGCCAGGCUCCUACCCACAGGUUAUGAUCGACGGGUUAGUAUAUGCGAGGAAGUUACACUAUCAAGCUUCAAGGUAUUCGUGAUUCAGACUGCCCACGCAGCCGUCUAAUUUACAACUAUCCAAAAUAACUACCACAACACUGUGCACCAUGUCCUCAAUCCCCUUCCUGUGACUAUCACUUGAUUGAGCCAAAUUAUUGCUUUUUUGUACAAGCUAUCAGAUCAGUCUCCAGUCAAAAGUACAUACAGAGACCUGAUCUGAGCUUUGGGUACUGAAGCUAAGUAGACGAAUUGCUCUUGGCAUACGACAGCUGAAAUACAUGCU